AUGUCUUCAGCAGAGAAGGAAGGAAGGCAUGCAUGUGAUGGUGAUGUAAGUGUGGAGGAAGGAGCGCAUGGAUCCACUCCUCUGCACUCUGCCACGUGGCAUUCACCGACAAGUGGAAGGUGGUGUGGGCACAAGGGGCACGUGAUUGAGAAGGAUGGGUGGUGUGUCACUGUGUCAGCGACCAUGAGAGAGAAAGUGCGUGACAGAAAAGAUGAAGUGGCAGCAGAGGCACGCUCUUCCAAGAGAAUGUGUGUGUUGAUGCAAUUAGUGCGCAAUAUUCAUGUUGAGCGGCAAUUAUCAAAAUGUCAUACAUUAGUUGCAAUUACAGACUCAAAUUGUUUGGUAAGAGCGUCUUGUAUCAACCUCCCGUUCCAAACGGAGGAUAAAUGUGAGUGA